UCACGGUGUCCGAAGACGCGCAUUACUGAGCUGCGGGAGACGCACAUAUAACUGAAGAUGCUUUGCUGAUUCACUGACACUGUGUGGGCUUCCAGUCAGGUCCAGGACAUGUGCCGGCAGCCUCUCUUUUUAAACUGGCCUCAUUUACACAGCAAUGCAGACAAUCGGUACUGCCUACUCUGCCAUUUCUCUCAUGCGGAACGCGUUUAUUUUUAUAUGAUCGUAUUCUCGUAUCUAAAAGUCUUUUUUAAAUCGGUGGUCUGUUACAGUAAGUCGGUAUUUCAAGUCUUCUCCGAAACCUAUUGAAACUGCUACUGCGCCGGUUGCCUGGAGGCGAUCAGCAUCAUCAGUUUCCCCCGAGGACUUAAUGGGAUGUAGGAAGCAAACGCUGAAACGCCGGAGCGUCACGGCGUUAUCUACUCGCGGAUCGUCAAAGUUUCCGUCGCGUCUUCAGGCCGCCGUCGCGAUCGCGCGGUCGGCCGCUAAGAUCUGCACUCUAUAGAGCAAAUUUCCAGGAGGAUAACGCUUAAAGAUGCGUGCGGGGUGUUUUUAUCGUCCAAUCAUCGUUAGUUUCUGAAAGCCGCGACUCUUCCCGCAGCGACGCUGAAUACGAACCGCACUUCUUACAGCACUAAACUCAGCUGGAGCAAUAGAUCGCCGGCUCAGUGAAAGCCAGAAGACAAUCGCACAAUCCCAGCUCUAUGGUAAUUGGCACCUAUGCAAAGGUCCCUCCUCCAGGACGGACCAGACAUGCUCUGGGUGGAGCGUAGAGGUGUGGAGAUGCGCUGCGGGAGACGCAGACUGCGCCUGGCCGCCAUGAAGCUCCCCUGCUCCUUCUGGUUCCUCCUGCUCUUCGGAGCCGGAGGCCUGGUGCUCUUCAUCCACCUGCAGGACCUCUCUGAGAUGGUGCAGCAGCAAGUUCCAGCAGGUGUGAAGCUGAGUCCCAAAGAGGUGUCCAGGAAGGACUUGUGUGCAGAUCACAGAGACGAGCUAAGGAGAGAGCCAGGUCCAGACCAAAGGUCCAACAGCGAGCACUCACGCAGUCCCUCCUCCGCACAAGGUCUGGACCUCAGCUCAGCCCGGGUCACCAAGGGUCACCGGAAGUUGCUGCUGAAGAGUGCUCCGCAGGAGGUCGCCCGCGGAAACUGGGGACGCCUUCUGCAGGUCCAGGAGUCCCGCAAAGACCUGAUGCGGCAUGUCUGCGGUCGCUACAGGGGGCGCAGCGCACGGACCAUCACGCCCCAGCACGUGUCCCGCAUCUACGUUGAGGACCGACACAAGCUGCUGUACUGUGAGGUGCCCAAGGUAGGCUGUUCCAACUGGAAGAGGGUCCUCAUGGUUCUGCAAGGCCUUGCCCCAUCCACACAGGAGAUCCAGCAUGACGCUGUGCACUACGGCAACCACCUACGGCGGCUGGACAGCUUCGAUCAUCGGGGCAUCGCCCAGCGCCUGGAGACCUACACCAAAGUGCUCUUCGUCAGAGAGCCGCUGGAGCGGCUGGUGUCAGCCUUCCGGGAUAAGUUUGAGAACCCCAACACCUACUACCAUCCGGUGUUUGGCCGUCCCAUUAUCUCCAGGUACCGAGCCAAUGCCUCGAAGGAGGCCCUGAAAACUGGCACCGGCGUGACCUUCAAGGAGUUUGUGCAGUACCUCCUGGACGUGCACCGGCCCGUGGGCAUGGACAUCCACUGGGAGCCCGUGGGCCGCCUCUGCAGCCCCUGCCUUCUGGAUUACGACUUCAUCGGCAAAUUCGAGACCAUCGAAGAGGACGCCAACUUCCUCCUUAGCAGGUUGGGCGCCCCACCCAACCUCACAUUCCCCAGCUUCAAGGACAGAAACCCCAACGCAGAGAGGACCUCCGCCCAUAUCACACAGCAGUACUUCACAAAGCUCAAUGCAUCAGAGAGGCAGAGGGCCUACGACUUCUACUACAUGGACUACCUUAUGUUCAACUACUCCAAACCCUUCAAAGACCUGUACUGAGAUCAGUUUGAUAUUGACUGAAUUCACCAUUUCUGCUUUGUGCUGAUAUUGGGGGAAAAAACACUUUCUCCAAUCUGAAUCUGCUUAAAGAAUCUUAAUGCUGCUUGGGAAUUCCUGCAUCAUUUCUCGACGAAGAUAAACCUUUUUGCAAUCCUUAUUGUUGUGUAUUACAUAAUACUAAUUAACAUUCAAGCACAAGUAAGAAACAAGUAUGACUGCUACUAUUUCUGGGGAAAAAAAUCUUCUGCAAAAAGUUAAAGUUGCAGACAUACCAAGAAAAGGAGUGCUAUGCCUUAGGCUUUGUCUACGCUGUCUGACAUUUGCUACUUAACUCUCAUGUGCUGCUGGAGCUGAGCUCACGGCGCCACCUGCUGGCAAUCUCUGGUGACAGGAAGGACGCAGCCAAUGGACUAGAUUAUUGGAGCAGGCAUCUUACAUACCGCAUAGCAGGCUGGUUCCUGUAUCUCCAUGCUACACUUAACAGUCAGAAGAAACACCAUCCAAGUCUAUCUCCAAGAGUGCCAGCAUCACAAAUCCAGUAUUUUAAAUGUAAAAGGUAUAGAAGGUACAAUAUUAAAAGGCAUAUCUAUUUUUAUAUAUAUAUUUGUACACGAGGUAUAAUCAAAUUUUGUGUAUGUGUGUGUCUGUAUGCUGGAUAUUCAUUGCUUAUUUGUGCAACAUAUAAUUGGCUAAUUUAAACUGGCUAGAUGUCACUGCACACCUAAUUUUGGAAAGUCAGCCUUGGUUUCAGGAUGUGCUGGUUAUUGAGCAGUGACGAUAAAGUUGAGUUGGGCCAUCGUGUGUUUGCCUGGGUCCUUUACUGGGGAGAGAGAUGGGUAACUCACUGGCAAUGAGAAUUUCAGCCACAUGUACUGUGUGAGAAGACUGGGUGGUAAGCUGUGUUGUCACUUCCUGUUGAGCACUUCCUGUUCCCUGCUGGUUGCAUCUUGUCAUCAGCUGAUUGACACUCAUGUUGCUUCUCAUUAACUCUGGCUCUUCUACAGCACCUGCUGAAGACAUCGGCGGCGUGCUUCAUAAACCAGAAAUCCUAGGCAAAUUUUCCAAACAACGCCCACAGUAUUCCGUCCCAGUAGAUCUUCAGAAUCAUGGAAGUAUUGCCUGGACACCAUUGCUUGUUGCAUGAAGACACACAGACUCAUGAUUGGUUGUCUACUUGUAGCACUGCAACAGAUUUGCGAAGCUGACACCCUCUGAAGACAAUGGGGCGACCAACAGUCUGUUCAACCUAGUCAGACGGGCCCAGCACUGAAUCUUCUGGUACGAUCUCUCUCUCCUCCAAGGUGUCUGAUCCAAGGAAAGACAGAGAGUAUGAAAUUUAUUCUUUGACAUGAAGAAUACGUUAAAUUAUCAUAUAAUAAAGGAUAAGCGGUGUAGACCAUAUUUAUAGUUCGUUAUGGGUUUCCCGUAAAAGCGCUGUAGACCAUAUUUAUAGCCCUUUAUUGGUUGCCCGUAAUAUGUUGUUCUGAUGGCUUUAGUAUUUUGAUCCCUUGUUGGUAUUCGCUCUGAGUCAAUGGUACAGAAUAAAGUGAACGUGACUGUAACUUUGGAGAAGACCUAUAGAAUAGCCCCCUCUACCCAUCUGAUCUUUGGGUGCUACGUGUGGGUAUAUGUAUACAAUAGAGAUAUAUUCAGAUGUACACUGUAUCAAGUGAAUGUAUAACUGUUUUCCUGUCGAUGCACAAUUGUGUAAAAACAUGAUCUUAUGCCCUUUGCCUUAUUCUUCACUGCCAGUGAACAGGUGUGAUAUCAGGAAGAUGCUUUUUACGAGGAUUGUUUCCCUCUAGUGAGCAUCUAUGAAUAAACGUUUUCAGUCGUCAAUGG